AUGAAGUUGAUACAUUAUUUUCUCGCCUGCUUCUCUCUCCUCUUCAUCCAAACCGCUCUGGGAGACUUGGUUUGUGAGCAAUUACCAGUUGGCAUCUGCUCAUUUUCAAUUGCAUCUUCUGGGAAUCGAUGCGUGUUAGAGACUUAUUCAUCUGGCGACGGAAGUAUGAAAUUGCAGUGCAAGACAUCAGAGGUGGUGGUGGGGACGCGUGAACAUAUUGAGACAGAUGAAUGUAUUGCUGCCUGUGGAGUUGAUCGGAAAUCCCUGGGAAUAUCAUCUGAUUUCCUCCUCGACCACCGUUUCACCGCUAAACUUUGCUCCCCACAAUGCUACCAAAACUGCCCCAACAUUGUUGAUUUGUACUACAACUUGGCUUCUGAAGAAGGAGUUCUUUUACCAGACCUCUGCAAGGCACUGAGAACCAGUUCUGGCCGUGCAAUGACGUCACGCUUUCUGAGCUCUGGUGCCGCCUUUGGCCCGGCGGCGUCUGCUGCCGCAGCUCCGACGACAUCAGAAGCAGCUUUUGGUCCAAUUUCAAGUGUUGAUUGUGCUCCACCACCUAUGUAA